GGCGUCAGCGGGACCCCGGGGACCGGCUGCUGUGGCUGCCGGUAGAGGCGCUCGCAGCCCGGCCUUGACCCCAGGGCGGUGCGCAGCAAGUAGCCUGACCCUCCUUAAAUCCCUUCUUAUCUGCGGGUGCAGAUCUAAGCCGCCAUCUGUCAGUUUUAGGGACUCCCGGCCCCUGACUUUUCUGUACUCCAUGGAUCCUUCGGAGGAGUGACCAGACCACCCCGACUCCGCGUCCAGGAUUACAGAUCGCAUGUAUAAUGCGAACAGAUUUUUUUUUUGCUCCUUGUAAACGUGUUCUUGUAGUAUUUUAUUACUACAGCACCUACAGACAUAUUCAUUCACACACCAAACAAGCAACAACAAACCCCAAGAAAACAAAAUCUAGGACACGAUAAACUGUGUUGUCAGAGCGGAACUGCAUUGAGAUUGUGAAUAAACUGAUCUCUCAGAAACAGCUAGACGUAGUCCAUACUCUUGAUGGGAAGGAAUACAUCACUCCAGCCCAGAUCAGCAAAGAGAUGAAAGAGGAACUCCAUGUCCGUGGGGGUCGAGUAAACAUUGUUGACUUACAACAGGUUAUUAAUGUGGACCUGACUCAUAUUGAAAGUAGAAUCAGUGACAUUAUUAAAUCAGAGAAACAUGUCCAAAUCGUAUUGGGUCAACUGAUAGACGAGAACUAUCUGGAUCGGUUAUCAGAAGAGGUAAAUGAUAAAUUGCAAGAAAGUGGUCAAGUAACGAUCUCAGAGCUGUGUAAAACCUAUGACCUUCCUGGGGAUUUUCUGACACAGGCACUAACUCAGCGACUUGGUCGAAUUAUCAAUGGCCACAUUGACCUUGACAACAGAGGGGUGAUUUUCACUGAGGCCUUUGUGGCUCGUCAUAAAGCACGCAUCCGUGGGCUCUUCAGUGCUAUCACCCGGCCUACAGCAGUGAAUUCUUUGAUUUCAAAAUAUGGAUUUCAGGAACAGCUCCUUUACUCUGUGCUUGAGGAACUCGUUGGCACUGGACGUCUACGAGGCACUGUGGUUGGCGGCCGACAGGAUAAAGCAGUGUUUAUCCCUGACAUUUAUUCCAAGACCCAGAGUGCUUGGGUGGAUUCCUUUUUCAGGCAAAAUGGCUACCUAGAAUUUGAUGCUUUAUCAAGACUUGGAAUCCCAGAUGCUGUGAACUAUAUAAAGAAAAGAUACAAGAAUACACAACUCUUGUUUUUGAAGGCAGCUUGUGUUGGUCAAGGACUUGUGGACCAGGUGGAAGCAUCGGUAGAGGAAGCCAUCAGCUCGGGGACAUGGGUUGAUAUUUCUCCUCUGCUACCCAGUUCUUUGUCAGCUGAGGAUGCUGCCAUGCUGCUUCAGCAGGUGAUGAGACCCUUCAGCAAGCAAGCCUCAGCACUCGUCUUCAGCGACACAGUUGUGGUCAGUGAGAAGUUCAUAAGCGACUGCACAGAACUGUUCAGCCAGCGGAUGCACCAGAAGGCGGAAAAGGAAAUGAAAAAUAACCCUGUGCAUUUAAUCACUGAAGAAGAUCUGAAGCAAGUUUCCAUCUUAGAAAGUGUUAAUACAAAUAAAAAGGAUAAAAAAGAUGAGCGCAGGAAGAAAGCAACAGAGGGCUCUGGAAGUGUGAGAGGAGGAGGAGGGGGCAACGCCAGAGAAUACAAAAUUAAAAAAGUUAAGAAGAAAGGAAGAAAAGAUGAUGACAGUGAUGAUGAGUCUCAGCCAUCUCAUGCUGGAAAGAAGAAGCCAGACAUCAUGUUCAUGUUCCAGGAUGAAAUUGAAGAUUACUUAAAGAAACAUGUGCAAGAUGCCCCUGAGGAGUUUAUUUCCGAACUUGCAGAAUACCUAAUAAAACCUCUUAAUAAAAUGUAUCUUGAAGUGGUACGGUCAGUGUUCAUGUCUUCAACUUCUGCUUCUGGAACUGGCAGAAAACGUACAAUCAAGGACUUACAAGAAGAGGUCUCAAACCUGUACAACAAUAUUAGAUUAUUUGAAAAGGGGAUGAAGUAUUUUGCAGAUGACACACAGACUGCUCUUACCAAGCACCUGCUGAAGACAGUGUGUACCGAUAUCACUAACCUCAUGUUCAACUUCCUAGCCUCAGAUUUAAUGAUGGCGGUAGAGGACCCUGCAGCUAUUACAAGUGAUAUAAGGAAGAAAAUUUUAAGUAAAUUGACAGAAGAAACCAAAGUAGCUCUCACCAAACUCCACAACUCUCUGAAUGACAAAAGCAUAGAAGAUUUCCUUUCUUGUCUGGAUUCUGCAACAGAAGCUUGUGACAUUAUGGUGAAAAAGGGAGACAAAAAAAGGGAAAGGCAAAUACUGUUCCAGCAUCGGCAGGCGCUGGCUGAGCAGCUGAAGGUCACGGAAGACCCUGCUCUUGUUCUUCACCUCACGUCGGUCCUGUUAUUUCAGUUCUCGACCCACAGCAUGCUCCAUGCACCUGGAAGAUGUGUCCCACAGAUCAUUGCUUUUCUUCACAACAAAAUCCCUGAGGACCAGCAUGCUCUCCUGGUAAAGUACCAAGGCUUGGUUGUACAACAGUUAGUCAAUCAAAAUAAGAAGAGUGGGCAGAAAGAGGACCUGUCAGCUGAUGAGCUAGACAAGGAGCAGCAUGAUGUCACCAACGCCACUCGGAAAGAGCUUCAGGAACUGUCCUCAUCCAUUAAGGACCUUGUUCUGAAGUCCAGGAAGUCGUCUGUGACAGAGGAGUGAUGCCCUUCAUUUCUUUUACAGUGAGUCUUUUCCCCAGAGUUGAAGAUGAGUGAUCACAAAAUUAAUCACUCAGCACACCCCACUCUCCCCACAAUUCAAAUAAAAGAGUGAUGUUUCAUUAGAUGCUAAUCUUAUGGAAAUUUUUACAAGUUGAGUUCUCCAUGAAACAUUUUCUUUUUACAUAAUCCUAUGUAUAAUUUGUAAUGUAAUAAAAAUGUUUUCAAAGA